GGGAUGUGUUUUGAACAGGGUUUUAAUGGAUGAAAAAGUUAUGGCUUGAAGCAAACAGGGGGCUGCAGGUGGAAGUGAGAGAGGGCAGUGUUAGAGACUUGAGGUGCUCUGGGUAUCUGCCUCCCAGCCACGGGAAAGCAUUUCAGACUUAGUUUGGAGGGGGUUUUUCCUCAGGCCAACUAAAAGGUAAAUGAUCACUCUCAACUCCUGCUGUGCCCAGGGCUUCCAUGAAAUCUCCUAGUACUUCAGAUUUUCAGUCUGCCACCUAACGAGGAUGGACAAAGUGGCUGAAGUGUGUAGGAGUGGGGAGCUGGUGAUCAUUGUUCCUUUAAGAGGCAUACAUUUAAAUUCAGAGUGCUGGCCAUGAACUUCACUGGGGUGCUUCCCCCGAACCUCCCUUUCCCCAAAAUACCCUUCCAGUCGUUUGGCCCCUCUAUUGUGGAUCCGUGUGUCUGGUUUGUUUCUGGCCUCUAAGUGAAAGGUAGUACCCCAGCUUCCCUUCUCUCCUUAAACACCUGAGAUGCCAGUCUCCUCAACAGGUAGGUUCCUUGAACUGGGAAGUUAUCAGAUCCCUGGCACAGCGCUUGUCCUUGGUGGAAAUCCAAGGCAUUGAGCAAUCUGUGGUGCCUUGGUGUAGCUCUGGAUCCUGAAGUUUGGAGUUACAGCUCAGCCUGGUCAUUCCUGGAACUGGAGCCAGAGCUGGAGCCAGAGGAAGUGUCCUGCUUCUUGCCAGGCCUGACACCUGAUGGGGAGAGGUUUCUUCUUUCUAUGCCACCUCCGGAAGUUAAAAUAGAGUAAUGAAAAACUACCCUCAAGCGAGCCAGUGGCCGGAUGUGGAGACUCAGAAAUAAGAUGAAGCUGAUGUUCUGGGGAGUCAUUUAUGGGCGGGCCCUCUCUUUGCUUUUUUGGCCAUAGUAUCUCUCUCCCAAGUGAAAAGUACUCCCCUGUUUCCUGCCACCUCUGGGAGGUUGUGCAAUGUCACGAUGUCCUUUACUCCCCGCUGUGUGUCAUCACAGGGCACGGUGGACCCAUGGCCACCUGUCACACUUGACAUCUUGCUGAAUUGCAGGGACAUUUUCUCCUGCAUUGAGUUCUUGUGACCAUUAGGGAUGUGAUUCUUCCCUCAGCUUUGGGACACUUGUGAAAUGUUCCCAUGACCUUCACCCUGGCAGAGAAGCUGGGCACUAGCUCCCAACCAGAAACUGGACUUACACAGGAACAGGGAAGAUGAGUGUGGAUUGAAUGGUGUAUUCUUUUCUGUUCCACCUGGUCUCUACUUGGGUUCUCAUUUGCAGGACUUUCUGGAGAGGCAAACACACUGUGCUGGGAGGGAGGAGAAUGGGGCCACAGAGCCUCUGCUCUGAAAACUGGGCUGGUUUAGACUCAUUCUCAACAGAGCCCUCGGUAGGGUGCAUCACUCCUAGAGCCACUCUCUCAGGUCGUACUUGGGUCUAGGGAGUGAGCAGGUCUGCACAGCUUAGGACACAGCAGGACUGACCCAACCUUUCUAGGCCCCAUGAAUGGGGACAUACUAGACUUUUUUGUGACCCAGUCCAUGCCUCUUGCGGGAUGAAGCAGAAUUGAAUCAUCCCCCAAGAAUGCAAAGGGAGCAAGCACCCUCAGCCCCCUGAUCCCCCUCAGAGCUUCGCUGGAUGCAGUGCCUCUGCAGAGGUGCUCACCCUGUGAUUGGACUCCUUGAUUGGGAUGGGGCUACGGUAUUGCUGGGGUAGCUCGAGAUGUACAGGAAUUGUCCCUUUUCCUUACUGGUCCUGUGCAUUCUGUGUCUUCAGAUGCUCUGUCUGUCCUUCCUUGGUAUGUCAUGUCUGCUGUCUCAGCUUACCCUGCAGAACUGUCCUCUCCUCACAGCUCCUCAUUCGGGAAGCAGCCUCCAGAAACCCGUGGUCUUCUGUCGACUACUCGUCCUCCUGUGCCCCCACCUGCACCCCAAAUAAUUCAAAGAAAUCACUUUUUUUAGGAGCAGAGAGCCAGUGUGUGUAGUCUCCUAGUUCUCCCUCAGCCCUUUGUCAAGGGCGGCCUUGGAGAGGGACUGGAAUCCCUUGAUUUCUCCCUUCUGCUGGCCCGCCCUCUUCCCCCAGGAAAAUCGGGGCGUGAGAUUAAUGAGCGCUGCCUGGCCGGCUGUCGUUGGGAGAAAGUUUGGAUCGUGAUCCUAUUUCAUUAGGCUGAUUGGAGCAGCCUUCACCCGGAGGUAGAGUCCCUCUCCAGGGAGUCCAUGUACAGUUACACUAGCUGUCACCGCCAGUGCCCGCCCUUUCUGGACAGAUGUGACCUCCUCUCACCCCCCUCUUCACCCCCACUCUCCCUCCUUCCUUUAUUUUUAUCCAGCGCCUCGCUUCCUCUCUCUCUUUCCUACUCCCACCUCUGCCUCUUCCCCUUGCCCUCUGCCUCCCUGCAGCGCCAAGCCGGGCCCCGCAACCUCAUUUGCCGCACGCAAACCGCUGAGAGUUGGCGGAGCCGCCUCCUGGGGCCCGGGCAGCCGCGGCCGGCUAAGGCAUCGACGCCAGCAGGCGAGCGAGAGCCGCGGAAGAAAAACAAGCGGGCGCGCGCGGGAGCCCCGGGAGGGCAGCCAGCCGGCGGGCAGGCGCGGACGGCGGAGGACCGGCGCAUGCAAAAGUUAGACUCUGGCAGCCGCGCGCCUAGCCCCUAAGCUCCGAGCUCGCGGCCCUCGGUAGAGGAACUUGAUCUUCCUGCAGCUGGAGUCGCGAGCGGUGCCCUACCCAAGAGGGCCGAAAGCGCCGGGCGAGCGUGGAGCGGGACGCGGCCGGUGGGAGCGCUGCAGCGACGAGGACCCAUGCCGGCGGCCAACCUGAUGGAGAACCUGCAGCUGCCAGCCUUGCAGGUGCCCGGGCCGCAGGGCGCGCCCGAAGGCAGCCCGGUCCGGUCCAGCUCGUCGACCCCCACGAUCCGCCGCCGGCGCUUCAAGAUGCACCGCACGAAGAACGUGCUGGAGCAGAGCCUAGAGGCCGGGCUGGCCCGGGACAUGCAGGGCGUCUUGGCUCCUGGCAAGGAGUUCCUGCAGCUGCCGGCCAUCGAGAUCACGCCUUCCAGCGACGAGGACACCCCGUGGUCCAACUGCUCCACACCCAGCGCCUCCCCGCGCCGAAAACGCUUCCUCCUCCGCAAGUGGCUGAGGGUGAGGGAGCGGAAGGAGUGCAGUGAAAGCAGCAGCCUGCAGAGCAGCCAGCAGAGCAGCCACGAUGAUGACUCCAGCAGGUUCCUGAGUCCUCGGGCGCAGGAAGAAAGCACUGCCAGUAACUCCAACCGCAGCACGCCGGCCUGCUCCCCGAUCCUGAGGAAGCGGUCUCGCUCGCCCACCCCGCAGAGCGCCGAGGGCGACGCCAUGGUGGAGAAGGGCUCGGACCAUUCCUCCGACAAGUCCCCGUCCACGCCGGAGCAGGGCGUGCAGCGCAGCUGCUCCUCGCAGUCCGGCCGGAGUGCAGGCAAGAACUCCAAGAAAAGCCAGAGCUGGUAUAAUGUGUUAAGCCCCACUUACAAACAGAGAAACGAAGACUUCAGAAAGCUCUUUAAACAGCUUCCAGACACGGAGCGCCUCAUCGUUGAUUACUCAUGUGCACUCCAAAGAGACAUUCUUCUUCAGGGCCGACUCUACCUCUCUGAAAAUUGGAUCUGCUUCUACAGCAACAUCUUCCGCUGGGAAACCCUGCUGACUGUCCGCUUAAAGGACAUCUGCUCCAUGACGAAAGAAAAAACAGCUCGCCUCAUUCCCAAUGCCAUCCAAGUUUGCACCGAUUCAGAAAAGCACUUCUUCACUUCAUUUGGGGCGCGGGACAGGACGUACAUGAUGAUGUUCCGGCUGUGGCAGAACGCGCUCCUUGAGAAGCCCCUGUGCCCCAAGGAGCUCUGGCACUUUGUCCACCAGUGCUACGGGAAUGAGCUGGGCCUGACCAGUGACGACGAGGACUACGUGCCCCCUGAUGACGACUUCAACACGAUGGGCUACUGUGAGGAGAUCCCUGUGGAAGAGAAUGAAGUGAAUGACAGCUCAUCCAAAAGCAGCAUAGAGACCAAGCCGGAUGCCAGUCCGCAGCUGCCCAAGAAGUCCAUCACCAACAGCACACUGACAUCCACGGGGAGCAGUGAAGCCCCCGUCUCGUUCGAUGGCCUGCCCCUGGAGGAGGAGGUGCUGGAGGGCACCGGGUCCCUUGAGAAGGAGCUUGCUGUGGACAGUAUCCCUGAGGAGAAGAUGGAGCUCAUGGCACCGGUGAACUCCCCGUCCCUGGACUUCCGAGACAGUGACGGCAUCCCCACCGAGCUCAGCGACUCUUCCGACACCCACGAUGAAGGGGAGGUCCAGGCCUUCUACGAGGACCUGAGUGGUCGGCAAUACGUGAAUGAAAUUUUCAACUUCAGUGUGGACAAGCUCUAUGACCUCCUGUUCACUGACUCACCCUUCCAGCGGGACUUCAUGGAGCAGCGACGCUUCUCAGAUAUCAUUGUCCAUCCAUGGAAAAAGGAAGAGAAUGGAAACCAGAGCCGUGUGAUCCUUUACACCAUCACCCUUACCAACCCUCUGGCUCCCAAAACUGCCACUGUCAGGGAAACACAGACUAUGUACAAGGCGAGCCAGGAGAGCGAGUGCUACGUGAUCGAUGCGGAGGUGCUCACCCAUGAUGUGCCGUACCACGACUACUUCUACACCAUCAACCGCUACACGCUCACACGCGUGGCCCGGAACAAGAGCCGGCUCAGGGUCUCUACAGAGCUGCGCUAUCGCAAACAGCCCUGGGGCUUGGUGAAGACCUUCAUUGAAAAGAACUUCUGGAGUGGGCUGGAGGACUACUUCCGGCACUUAGAGAGCGAGCUGACCAAGGUGGAGAGCACCUACCUGGCUGAGAUGCACAGGCAGUCUCCCAAAGAGAAGGCCAGCAAGCCCCCAGCGGUGCGGAGGAGGAAGCGUCCCCAUGCCCACCUGCGGGGGCCUCACCUAGAGGAGGUGAUGAGCCCCGUCACCACACCCACCGAUGAAGAUGUGGGCCGCAGGAUCAAGCACGUGGCAGGUUCCACGCAGACCCGGCAUGUCCCCGAGGACACCGCCAACGGUUUUCACCUGCAGAGUGUGUCUAAGCUGCUGCUGGUCAUCAGCUGUGUCCUGGUGCUGCUGGUCCUCCUCAACGUGAUGCUCUUCUACAAACUCUGGAUGCUGGAAUACACCACCCAGACCCUCACUGCUUGGCAGGGCCUGAGGCUCCAAGAAAGGUUGCCCCAGUCUCACACAGAAUGGGCCCAGCUCCUGGAGUCCCAGCAAAAGUACCACGAUACUGAACUCCAGAAAUGGAGGGAGAUCAUCAAAUCCUCAGUGAUGCUUCUUGACCAGAUGAAGGACUCACUCAUUGAUCUUCAGAACGGCAUCAGGUCCCGUGACUACACAACAGAAAGCGAAGAGAAGAGGAGCCGCUACCACUGACCAGGCAGGAACAGGGCGGCAGCAAGAGGCCUGUGCAAUACAUGUACAUAGACCAUAUAAAUAUAUAUAUAAAUAUAUAUAUACAGAAUAUAAAUAUAUAUAUAUUAUAUACAGAUUUUAAAAAGAGAUCAUGCCUAUGUACCAGGGAGAAGGAGCUGGACCGCCUCCCGUGCUGGCCAGCGGAGGGCCGAGGAGGGCAGGGACCACCUCUCAGCACCACCCUCCCCGACCCACUGCCUCCCCUCCUCCAGUCCCCUCCCUUCCCCUGGCCGCGCUUGGCUCCAAGAAGGGGAAUGUCGUUGAGCCAAAGUCAUGCCUGUGAAGGCUCCAGAGUCUUGAAAAGAAGUCUCUGGGGGGGGCAUUGCUUAAGGUGCUUCAUUCCCGAAUCCCCUUUGGAUUUGUUUUCAAAAUAAAAGAGAAUUUCUUCUUCCCCACCCCAUGCUUCCACAGGGGUUCUCUUGGGAACAAGGAAGCAGCAAGGGCAGGAGCCCAGUCCAAACUCUUCCUGUGAGGCUGCCCCUUCCAGAGCCCACGAGUCAGGAGGCAGGCAGGGAGGACUGCUGGGCAGCUCGGGAGGCUGCCCAUGCAGGUCUGGGCUCUGCAGCCACAGACUCCCAAGGACUCGUGCAUGAAGGGUGUUUUGAUCAGCCCCUCACCUUCCUCUGACCUGUGUGGGGUGUGGACCCAAUAAGGGCUGGGGAUUUCUUACCUUCCCACCCCCACCCCCUUCUCUCUGGUCUUCCCCCAGGCUGGAUCUGGAGGAGGCAUCACUUUCUAGUGCCUAAAUCCCUAUUUUUUCUCUGUGCCCUAAGAGCACAUUGUUUCUUAGCCAGGGGGAAGCAUUUUUGAUCUUGUUAAACUGUUCUAGUGGUCAAAAGUAGUCAGGUCUAUGGCUCUGAUUCCUGCACUUUGAGCUGUCAGCUUGGUUUCUGGGGUGAAUCAGGGUAUUGUAAGAGCUCCAGGGUUUGAGGGUGAACGCCCUCACAGAGCAGGACUGUGGGGUCUAAUGGAGAAGGCUGUGUGAGUAGUGGGCUCCAGUCCCCAAGCACUAGCUUGGCUGCCAGCAUCAUUUACUCUCAGAGAAGAACCAACAUUAGUUAAGGGAGACGACCGUCCGAGGCACUUGGCACAUGGAAGAAGACCUCAGAAGACCUCAGAAGACCUCAGUCCUUGGAGGGAAUGAUUUGGCAAAGUGUGUGUAUUUGGGCCUGGAGAAGCCUGAUGGAGUCUCUGCCCCAAGGGGGCCAUCCCAGAUCCUCAGUUCCUCAGCCAUGGAGUUCUGGCAGAGGGAGCAAGACCUUUAGUGUCUGUACCAGAGCGCUCGGAUAUCACCGAGGAGCAGAAAGAAGACUUUAGGUUGGGGGCGUGUAUCAUCCAGGGGCCUUCCAGGGCUGGCUCCCUGGGACCCAUGCGUUUAUCUGACUUUGUGGGGACCCUUCUGGGCAUGCUUACCAUCCUUCAUACACUGACUGCUGUUUCUCCAUGUAGCAACCAAAGGACUCCUGCCCGCCACAGGUAGAGCUCACAGGGUUUCUCUCAAUCGGGAAGGGGCCACACCUGCUUGGCGAGGAGAGGUCUUCCUGAUCGCUUGUGCUCCUGGUCAGCACCCUGAUGGAAGGCACAGAGGAAAGGAAGAUUCUAUUAGUGAUUCAGCUCAAAGGAAGAGCCAUUCGUAUUCUUCUCUCAGAAUGGCCUGAGCAUCCCUCUUUGAUGAUUACACACUUUUGACUUUUCAGUCUCUCUGAGAAUGCAGCCUUGCUAUUGCCAUACCGGUGGAAUAAGAAGACAAAGUUAUCCGCACCCAGGGUGUGCCCUGGGGAAUGGCAUGGGAAGGCUCUGUGGCAGCAGCUGGGGUGUGUAGUGUAUAUCCCUAGGACGGGGCUUGAAUGUCAUCAUUCUACUGUCAGGGGACAAAGGCUUUGGAGGAGUUGAAAGGUGCAAAUGCCUCUCAGCCAGUGGGCCGCUACUCACCCCUGCCCAGGAUGUGGAAGGGGAGACCUGGGAGGUGCAGGCUCCUGGGCCCUGAGCCAGAAAAGGGGGAGCAGUGCAGACUGCUAGAAAGUUUCUUAUUGGAGUAACCCAAAGUCAACAUUAUCCCCAGGAACCUUUAAAGACAAAAAUGGUAAAUUCUCUAACUUAUUCCACACAUAUUUAUUUAUUUAUUUAUUUAUUUGAAUCAUGCACUUAUUAAAGGGCCCAGGUGGGGCCUUUGGUGUGACUUAAGAAGCAUUCUUUCCUGGGAGUGAAGUGAUGUGAGUUGCUCUGGCUCCAGGGUUGUUGUGCUUUCUCCCGAUUUGUCAGGCCCGUUCUGGGCAAGAGCAGGUGACAGGGAGGGCAGUACUUAGUUUGCACAAGGAACGCUCGUGAUUUCUGGGGCUUCGAACCCAGAGACGAUGUGUGCCCAUCAGAAACACCCCUUGGCCCACCUCAUUUGUAAGCAUCACGGAUCUCCUGUGGGAGUCAGCUGUUCUAACAAGUUUCUCAUUUUCAAAAAACAACUCUCUUUACUCCCAAACAAAGCUUAGCUCCCUUAUUUAGUAACCUGUCAAGGGCACUUGGCCUGCCGAGAAGUCAGGGAGUGAAACCCCUAAACAACAUUGUAGCUCAUGGCCGCAGCUGGGCAUGCAGCUGCCUGCAAGGGUGCAUCAAAACCAUCCCCUCUUAGGUUAUUUCUUGUAGCCAUUGCUUCUUGGUUUUGUUCGUGUAAAAA